GGGCCGACGUGUAUUCUGUCUGUGCAAACUACCAAAACUGAAAAGGUUUAAAAACACAUCACAGCGCCAAGAAGGCGACAGAGCUUGCGGCUCUCUGCUCUCUCAAAAGGUUCCGUACCUCAUGUGGAAAUCAGUAAACCAUGGCAUCUAAGAAAUUUGUCAUCAAAUGCGGGAACUUCGCAGUCCUGGUGGAUCUUCAUGUAUUGCCACAAGGUUCAAACAAAGAUUCCAGUUGGUUUUCUGAACAGAAGAAAGAGGAAGUUUGUUUGCUGUUAAAAGAAACCAUUGAUUCCAGAGUUAAGGAGUACGUGGGCAUUUAUAAGCAGCACAGGCCAUCAACUGCAGAAUUCUCAAGAUCCAGUCCCUUGUCCUUAAAAGGCUAUGGCUUUCAGAUCACAGCUUAUUUCAUCAGGAGAGGGAUACACCUUCGCUGUAUCCAGAGCUCCCGGAAUACAGAACUUCGUAUAUUUCCUGAGAGCUUUGUGGUGUGUGUUAGUCAGCUUGCAUUUGGUCAUGAUACUUGGGCAAACCAGAAUGAAAAGUCGACACAAAGAGCCCUCCAUGGAGCGUCUGAUUACUUUGCCCAGUGUGCGGAGAGCUCACCUCCUCCUGGCAUAAAGCUCAAGAGGAACACUCUGAAGGAAAUUGUGAGAAGAGCUGAAUCAAAAGGCACUGAUGUGAGCAAACCACAGAGCAGCAGGGACCUUGUGGGAAAGUCUAGUGACUCAGUAAUUACCGUGGUACCACGGAGGAGGGAUGCCUCAGCCAUUCUCCCGUCAGAAUCUGUGGGUCAAGCACAAGAUGACAUAAGAGCAGCCAAGAGCCACCAGGAGCUUCCUGUUCAAAAGCUGGAAAAUGUCUCUCAGGCUCAGCCAGGAGACACUCGCAGCCAGCAGCAACUUCAUCCUGGGGAGUGGUUAAAGACAGGGCUUCUAAGCAGGAGCCCUGUGUAUAACUAUGAGUCAGCAUCGCCAGGUCCAAAGCAAAGUCCACGAGCAGCCAAGACACAGCAGAAACGCAGGAAUUGUGGCUCUGUGGAAGACUCUGACCACCGCAGGAGAGUUUCUCUUGGAAAUGAAGGAUUAGUCCCGGAGGACUCAGUGGUGGAAACGAGCACAGCUGUCAGGGUUUUGCCAGCCUUGGAGUUGUCAGAUCCCGGGUUGCUUUUGAAACAAGAUUUGGCAAAAGCCACAGCUAAAGAAGAGCUGCAUGCUUUGGAAAACCUCUCCUCCAGACAUCUUAUGACAGACAACCCAGGGCAGGCGCGGCCAACUGGCUCAGCCGCAGUCACUGAAAGAUUAGCUCCAGUUCAGGGCGGCCCCAGCAAGAAAAGAAAGAAACUGCAAAGUUCCAGCAGAGGAUGUAGUGGCAAGAGAAGCUGAGUAUACAGUACCUGGGGUUUGGAAGGAAUUAGGGUGAUUACUUUAAAUAAACAAAUAGUUAGGAGCUGGAGUUAUGUCUCAGC